CGAGCAAUCGAUAAAGUCGGCUUGAUACACGUAAACUUAAGAAUAUUCGCCGGCUGCAAAACCCAAAUAAUUAAAUAUAAUGAGAUUCAAGGACUUUUGGCCUGCCACGUUAACAUUCUUAACAGUGGCUUCGUCCUCAUUUUCGCCAGAGAAGCCAGUUCCUCCGCCGUGCAGGGCCUGCAGCCAACUAGUUGGUUCAUUUAAGGCAGGACUCGAACGCACGAAACGAGGACACGGAGGCGGGGACACUGCCUGGGAGGAGGAGAAACUUCGUUCCUACAAGAAUAGUGAGGUUCGGCUGGUUGAGAUUCAGGAGAAACUUUGUUCGGAUCCAGAUGUGGUAAACAAGGACCACUGCCACAACUUGGCUAACGAGCACGAGGCACUCCUUGAGGAUUGGUUCACACACAAGCAGGCGCUAAAUCCCGACCUUCAAUUGUGGCUAUGCAUCGAGCAGCUGAAAGUCUGCUGUCCGGCGAACACUUACGGUGCAGACUGUCAGCCCUGCACAGAUUGCAGCGGAAACGGAAAGUGCAAAGGAGGCGGAACUAGGAAGGGUAACGGCAAGUGCAAAUGUGAUUUAGGCUAUGCAGGGGCACACUGCAAGGAGUGCGGACCAGAACACUACGAGUCCUUCCGAGACGAGAAAAAAUUGUUGUGUACACCAUGCCACGCGGCCUGUGGCGAAGGUGGCUGCACGGCAGGCGGUCAGCGGAACUGUCGAAAGUGCAAGGACGGUUGGAGCAUGGACUCAGAAGCGGGAUGUGUCGACAUAAACGAGUGCCUGGAACGAAAAAGUCCGAACUCGUGUCGACCGGAGCAGUUUUGCGUAAACAACGAAGGUUCUUUUAGCUGCCUGGAAUGCGAUCGCUCUUGCGAUGGCUGCGAUGGUGAUGGUCCGGACAUGUGCAAAAAAUGUGCUCAGGGCUAUGAACUGAAAAACGGCAAGUGUCACGACCUUUCUGCUGAGCAACGCAGCAAAUAUGUUAGCUAUACACGAAUGCUUACCUACUUUGGGAUGUGCGUGGCUACCUGCGUCAUCUUCCAAAGCUCCACCCACAUUGCUUGGGGCUGCAUUGUUGGUGCGGCGGUGGCCGUUUAUAUUGCUGUUUCCGAGUACUGGAUUAACUCGGAAGCAGAAGGCGGUCACCAGCCCGAAAUUGACACAAAACAAUUGGAAGAACUUAUCAUGAAGUCGUUAUAAGCC